CACAUAACCUCUAUGUCCGUCAAAUGUCAAAAAACAAAAAUGGUUGUUUGUGUUCUAGUACGACUAACCGAACGAAGCAAUUAUGUGUCAUAGUAAAUGUCAAAACGUCGUCUAUAUCACUUUAAAUACACCCCAGAAAAUAUAAUACAUUUAUUGUUUACAGGAAUAAAUUUACAUUGCACAGUAUCUCGAACGCGUUAAAAUCGUUUUGAUUUUAUUGUCUUUUAAUUCCGGAUCUGUUUGUUGCUAAAAAUGUUGGUUUUAGUUCUUGGUGAUUUACACAUUCCACAUCGCUGCAGUAGUUUGCCAGCAAAAUUCAAGAAAUUGUUGGUUCCCGGUCGAAUUCAACAUAUUUUAUGCACUGGGAAUUUGUGCACAAAGGAAUCCUACGAUUACCUGAAAACACUCGCCAAUGAUGUGCACAUCGUUCGUGGUGAUUUUGAUGAGAAUUUGAGUUAUCCAGAGCAGAAGGUCGUCACUGUUGGUCAAUUUCGUAUUGGAUUAACGCAUGGCCAUCAAGUGGUUCCGUGGGCCGACCCCGAAGCUCUAGCUCUGGUGCAGCGUCAACUCGAUGUUGAUAUCCUAAUUUCGGGUCAUACACAUAAAUUCGAAGCAUAUGAACAUGAAAAUAAAUUCUAUAUCAAUCCUGGUUCAGCAACUGGUGCUUAUAAUGCGUUGGAAACAUUUAUCACACCAUCGUUUGUGCUAAUGGACAUUCAAAGUACCAUCGUCGUAACUUAUGUGUAUCAAUUAAUCGGUGAUGAAGUUAAGGUCGAAAGAAUAGAAUACAAAAAGAACUGAGCAUUAAAUUGACAUUUAUGAAAAUGAGCAUAAAGGCCAUCAAUUGCAUUGGAACAGAUGUUAUGCUACGGUUUUCAAAUUAAAUUCAUUGAAUGAAUUGAACAUUGUAAACAUGCUUUCUGAAUUAAACACAUUUUAUUUGUAUUGAUAUAUAAAUCGACUCUCAAUAAACAAAUAUAUACAAUAAUUUUAAAACAA